CUAAAACGUCCCUAUGACAGUCCGUCUAUUCCUGUCUCUACUCUAGAACCACCCCUCUAGCAUCAAUGCACAUCUCCUCUUGACAACUAUUCUGAGACACACACACACUUCCACACACACAUACCUAUGUUGCUACGGCAGGCGGCCAGUGAAGGCGAGCACAGCUGAGUUGAUGUUGACUGCCUUCGCGCCAACUUGAGAUCGUCCGUAGCUUAGAGCUAGAUCUGUCUGGUGGAUUCCUCUGUCAACUUUUUUAACUUGUUUGUCUUCCAACUGAUUGGCUAAGUAAGACAGCAUUUGGGUCAGCCCAGCAAACUGACCUCCAAAGGGAUUAAAACAUUUUUUUAAAGUGCAAACGAGCAGCAAGACUUUUAAAACGUACACGCUUACCUUUUCUAGAUUCACCUUUUAUUUUGUGAGAAAAACAUUUUCUGUUACAAGGAGCGUCCAGUGAACAGCCAGCAUGUGGGAGUUCCGGUCCAUGACGUUUUGGCGGGCAGUCUUCGCAGAGUUCUUCGGGACCAUGUUCUUUGUGUUUUUCGGCAUGGGUGCCGCGCUGCGCUGGACAACCGGACCCAACCACAUUCUGCAUGUGGCGCUGUGCUUCGGCUUGGCAGCUGCCACCAUGAUCCAGUCCAUUGGUCACAUUAGUGGCGGCCACAUUAACCCGGCCGUCACCUUUGCCUACCUGGUGGGUUCCCAGAUGUCCCUGUUCCGCGCUUUUUUCUACUGGGCUGCCCAGAUCCUGGGGGCCGUGGCCGGGGCCGCUGUGCUCUAUGGGGUCACCCCCAACAACAUGAGGGGCAACAUGGCUCUCAACACGCUGCAGCCUGGUAUCAGCCUGGGCAUGGGUACCACAGUGGAGGUGUUCCUGACCAUGCAGCUAGUGAUAUGUAUCUUUGCCGUGACAGAUGAGAGGAGGAACGGACGCAUGGGCUCUGCUGCCCUGUCCAUCGGCUUCGCUGUCACCAUCGGACACCUCAUGGGGAUGUACUACACCGGUGCUGGAAUGAACCCUGCAAGGUCUUUCGCCCCCGCUGUGCUCUUCAGGAACUUUGUAAACCACUGGGUGUACUGGGUGGGUCCCAUGAUAGGAGGUGCUAUGGGAGCUCUUCUGUACGAUUUCAUGCUGUUCCCCCGUAUGCGUGGUCUGUCUGAGCGCCUGGCCACACUGAAGGGCAGCCGACCCCCCGAGACGGAGACCCAGCAGGACAACCGUGGGGAGCCCAUCGAGCUCAAGACACAAGCCCUAUAAACCUGCCCAUGUCUGGGGACAAGGGACAGGCCCUGUGUCCGCCAACCCCCACGCUGGCCCCAUCCCAUGAGCACAUACACAGUCCCUCUCAUUGAUUCACUAACUAACACACAGGCACAUGCAGAUUCAGACAUAUAUUGAUGCACAAACUGUACACACACCCAGACA